AUGCGCCUCGCCCCCUCCGGCGCGGGGAGGGGGAUGCGGACGGGGGAAGAUGGCGGCCUCGAACAACCCGCGGAAAUUCAGCGAGAAGAUCGCGCUGCACAACCAGAAGCAGGCGGAGGAGACGGCGGCCUUCGAGGAGGUCAUGAAGGACUUGAGCCUGACCCGCGCCCACCGGUUACAGCUGCAGAAAACCCAAUAUUUGCAACUGGGACAGAGUCGUGGCCAGUACUAUGGUGGGUCCCUGCCAAAUGUGAAUCAGAUUGGAAACAGUGCCAUGGAUCUGCCCUUCCAGCACAACGGAGCUCUGGCAGAAACCUUUGGAGCAGUUCCCGUCUCUUUGACUCCUUUUCAGUCAUCCGGGCUGGACACGAGCAGAACAACUCGGCACCACGGUUUGGUGGAUCGAGUUUAUCGGGACCGGAACCGGCUGGGAUCGCCGCACCGCCGCCCGCUCUCUGUGGACAAACACGGCAGGCAAGUGGACAGCUGUCCGUACGGCACUGUGUAUCUGUCACCUCCGUCAGACACGAGCUGGAGAAGGACAAAUUCAGACUCUGCCUUGCACCAGAGCACGAUGACUCCAGCUCAGCAAGAAUCUUUUUCAGGAGGAUCGCAGGACAUGCAGCAGAAAAGAGUUUUGCUGCUGACUGUCCCUGGAAUGGAGGAAGCCACCUCUGAGGCAGACAAAGCCCUCUCUAAGCAAGGAUGGGACACUAAAAAGACUGGGUCAUCAAGACCUAAAUCAUGUGAAGUUCCAGGAAUCAACAUCUUUCCAUCAGCUGACCAGGACAACACUACAACCCUGAUUCCUGCUACGCAUAACACGGGCGGCUCCCUGCCAGACCUGACAAACAUCCACUUCCCUUCCCCCCUCCCCACGCCGUUAGAUCCCGAGGAAUCCACCUUCCCUGCCCUGAGCAGCUCCAAUAGCACUGGGAACCUUGCUGCCAACCUGACUCACCUGGGCAUCAGCACUGCCACUCAGGGGAUGACGCCGCCGGCUCCGUCCCAGCAGCACCGGCAGCCCACCGUCAGCCCCCUCUCGCUGAGCGCGGACUCGAGGCGGCCGCAGUCACAGCAGAUGUCUCCUACACUUUCCCCUCUGUCACCCAUCACUCAGGCCGUGGCGAUGGAUGCGUUGUCUCUGGAGCAGCAGCUUCCCCCAUACCCGUUUUUUACCCAGACGACUUCCCAACAACAGCAGCAGCCCCAGGUGGUGAGCACCCUGCCUCAGAACACUCCGUUAAUGCAGACCUCUGGUUUACAGCGAGGAACACAGCUGCCCCCGCUCUCCGUCACAGUACCUUCCACCAUCCCACAGUCACCUCCAGGCAGUCAGAGCCAGAGCCAGCCGUCCAUGGGAAUAGACAUCAACUCGGCUUCACUCCAGCAGUACCGCAGUAAUGCUGGCUCCCCAGCCAACCAGUCUCCCACCUCUCCUGUCUCCAAUCAAGGCUUCUCUCCUGGCAGCUCCCCUCAACAUUCUUCCAUUCUGGGGAGUGUAUUUGGUGACUCCUAUUAUGAUCAGCAGAUGACAGCUAGGCAGGCUAAUGCCCUAUCCCAUCAGCUCGAACAGUUUAACAUGAUAGAAAACGCCAUUAGUUCCAACAGCCUGUACAGCCCCUGCUCCACGCUUAACUACUCCCAGGCAGCAAUGAUGGGCCUCACCGGCAGCCACGGCAGCCUGCAGGACUCAGCACAGCUCAGCUACUCCAGCCAUGGGAACAUCCCCAACAUCAUCCUGACAGUGACAGGAGAAUCUCCUCCCAGCUUAUCGAAAGAACUGACCAGCUCUUUGGCAGGAGUGGGCGACGUCAGCUUCGACGCGGAUUCCCAGUUUCCUUUGGAUGAACUCAAAAUUGACCCUUUAACCUUGGAUGGACUGCACAUGCUGAACGACCCGGACAUGGUCCUCACCGACCCCGCCACAGAGGACACGUUCCGCAUGGACCGGCUGUGACGCGCGGGCGCCGGGAGCUCAGGAGUGGGGUGGUUCCUGGAUCAGCCGAAGCAGAGUCCAUGGGUCAGUCGUGUCAGAGCCGGAGCUGCUGAGAGCCGGAGCUCUGUCCUGUACAACGUGUACAAUGAGUAAAGCUUGUUGUUCUAAGCUUGCAGCGCUGCAGACCCCUACUCCCUGUCGCGCCGUAUUUCGCCCCUUAUCCACUCAUUGCCAUUAACGAGCAAGGAGUUUCCAUCAGCCUUCUCCUCUCCAGAGCCCCCCCUCCCCCACCAAAGCUCCGGCGUUGUCAAUUUAUCCUUUGCACUAGAAGGGGGUGCUCUUGGGCAGGCGAGGGGGGGUCCGAAGCCAAGGGAAAAUUGAUUCUAACAACCAAAUUCUGGCUGUGGUUGGAGCGGGGGGAGGCACCCAGGAGUGCCCCCUCCUCCCCCACGCAUCGGGAAGCAAAUCUCUGCAUUGCCACCCUGGGGAGGGGGGGGGUGGGGGGGGCAGGGGAGCUCCUGUGGUGUCGUCUCUGCUUUGUGACAGCUGCUUCGUAGGGCGAGCGCUUAUUCCUUGUGCCCCCGUUUGUCUGCAGGUGUUCCUCACGUCCUUCUGCCUCCCUGUUCUGAGCAAACUGUGCACGUGGAGGAGCCGCCCCACGGCCUUCGCAGCCGGCGACUGUAAACACUAUUU